AUGGAUUCUUCACCUCUCGCGGCGUUAACACUCGAAGAGCAAGCAAAGCUACAAAAAUUUUGGAGUCUUCUACUAGAGACAUUCGCAAAACCUCCUUCGACAACUGGAAGUAAAAUAAUAGACCAUUUAGAAGUAGACGUCGCCAAUCAAUAUGAACUUGAUCAACUUAACACCGCCUUAUCCGACCACACAGUAGAGCACCUCCAUACAGCAUUUUGGCAAUUCGUCAAACAUGAAAACCCCGACGCCGUAGUGCUUCGUUUUCUGCGCGCAAGGAGCUGGGAUGUUAACAGGGCUUUAAUGAAGAUAAUAUCAACCCUCUGUUGGCGGCUCAAAUUCGGUGUCGAAGAUCUUCUCAGAGGAGGCGAAUUAGCUGCCACUACGGAUUCCGAUCAGGGCUUAAUACAUCAAUUUAGAAUCGGAAAGGCUUACAUCCAUGGUUUUGACAAAGAAAACAGACCGGUGUGCAUCAUUUCUCCAAGAUUACAUCAGUCGGGCGAUCAGAGUCCUGAGAGUAUAGAGAAACUCACGGUUUAUAUUAUGGAAACGACGAGACUUUUGUGCCAAGAACCUAACGAUACAUCGUGUAUUGUGUUUGAUAUGACAGGUUUUGGAUUUUAUAAUAUGGAUUAUACCGCUGUCAGGUUCAUAAUCGACUGCCUUCAGUCACAUUAUCCAGAAUCUCUUGGCGUGUGUCUUAUUCACAACGCCCCAUGGGUCUUCCAGGGUAUUUGGAGUGUAAUCAAGGCGUGGCUUCACCCUGUCAUUGCGUCUAAGAUCCAGUUUACUUAUACUGCAAAUGAUCUUUCGAAAUUCAUAAGCCCACAGCAUGCCCCGAAGUUCCUAGGAGGCAAGGAAGACUGGAUAUAUGAGUACUUAGAGCCUAGUUCCGACGAGAACUCUGCCAUAACAGACCCGACUACGGCCAACAUUCUUGAGAAAGAGACUGCCGAAAAAGUUAAAAAGGAUAUUGUCAAAGAAUAUGAACAAGCCACUGGAAGAUGGGCUAAAGAGGAUAUAAUGGGCGAGGUGACAGAAGCGAAAGAUGAAAGAAAUCCAUUGGUAGAGAAGCUAAAACAAAAUUAUUGGGCAUCAGAUAAAUUUGUACGGGCGAGAACCUAUAGCGAUCGAGUUGGCGUAUUGGGCGCUUGCGGGAAGAUCAAUACCGGUUCUGAGAAAUUCUAG